AUGACUGUGAAAUGCUUUAACAGGAUAAGACUCCCACGACUGUCUUAGAGGAAAUACAGGAAGGAAGGAGACAGCAACAUGAAACAAAGAAUUAAAGGAAGCAGUGCAGCAACCCUGAACAUGGGGAGUGCAUCUUCAAAGAAGAAACAUGAAAGAAGCUGGGAUGAAAGGGAAAUAAAAGAAACCAAGCGUGCCAAGACAGAACUGAAAAUUGAGGAAGAGUUGCCCACAGAAACAGAGUAUGAUACCAAGUUCUGGGGGCCAUAUCUGUCUGACCGACAGUGGGGAACAGUCAGAGAGGACACAGAGGUGAAGGGUAAUAGCUGCUGGAAUGCUGUUGGCCAUGAUGCAGCCCGUGAAAGGGUGUACAUGUGGGGAGAGGAUGGUUUGAUGGGCGUUUCUGACUGGGAAGGUCGUUUGUGUGCCAGUCUUGCGCUAUGGAAUGGUAAAGAUCCAUUUCUUAAAGAGAGGCUGUUUGGUCUUUCAGGCCCAGAGGGUAACCAUGGUGAAGAUGUGAAGGAGUUGUACUAUUACCUUGACAACACUCCAGACCACACAUACAUGAGGUCACUCUACCGUUACCCUAUGGAUGAGUUUCCCUAUGUCAGCCUCCGCAACCAGAAUGUGGCAAGGGAAGUAACAGACAGAGAAUUUGACAUCAUGGAUACAGGUGUGUUUGACAAGAACCGUUACUGGGAUGUGUAUACAGAGUAUGGAAAGGACACCAACGGCAGCCUUGUCUGUUCUUAUACUCUCCAUAACGGAUCAGAUAGUACUGCAUCCAUCUCCAUUAUACCACAGUUCUGGUACAGAAACACCUGGUGUAAGCAGUCUUUAAAAGAAGAUGCCCGUCCUAAGAUGUCACAGACUACACCUUUUGUCCUGGAGGCUGUUUAUAGUCUAGGAUCGUUUGUGGUUAGGCUUGGUGUUGAUGAUGCAGAACGUCCUCCAGAAAUAGUGUUUACUGAAAACGAGGAUAAGUGUACAUACCUCCAAUCCAGCCUUAAAGAACAACAAUAUUACAAGGAUGCCUUUCAUCUAUAUGUUGUUAAUGGAAAGAAGGAGGCAAUCAGGAGAGAGGGACCAACAACAAAGUGUGCAGCUGUAUAUCAGCUAACAGUGCCCCCUGGUGGUCACAAGAAGGUGUGCUGGGGGCUGUAUCCAAAGGAAAACUGUAACACAAGCAAUCUGUGGGAUGUUUCAAAACAUGUUCAGGAUGUUAUAAAACAGAGGUCUUUGGCAGCAAAUGAUUUUUAUCAAUUGAUGUUUCCUGAUGGCUGGGAUAAAGAGUGGUCAGUGGUGGCCAGACAAGCCUGUGCUGGACUUCUCUGGCACAAACAGUACUACAGCUACAACGUCAAAGAUUGGAUUGACAAAGUCCACAAGAAUGACAGGCAAGAUGCAGGGUGCUGUGGCGCAUUUAGAAAAAAGAGGAACCCUUCCACGAUCAGAAAUAACCAAUGGAAACAUUUCAACGCUCAUGAUAUCAUAUCUGUACCUGAUAAAUGGGAGUUUCCUUGGUUUGCUCCAUGGGAUACAGCCUUUCAGAUGAUUCCGCUGAUGAGACUUGACUCAGACUUUGCGAAAGACCAGCUGCUGUUAUUACUAUCUGACCGUUUUCUCCAUCCGUCCGGACAGAUGCCAGGAUGUGAAUAUGAGUUUAGUGACAUGAAUCCCCCGAUUCAGGCUUGGUCAGUGCUCAAGGUGUACAAACAAGGUGGAUCAAAGGACACAGACUUCCUGAUCAAAGCCUUCCAGAAGCUAAGCCUGAACUACCAAUGGAUGUUGACGGAGAAGUGCUUGUGGAACCAAUACAUAUUCCAUGGAGGGUUCUUGGGCCUCGAUAACAUCAGUGCUAUAAAUAGAUCAGCACCCACACCUGUUGACACAGAAAUGGAACAGGCAGACGCUACUGGCUGGAUGGCAUUAUUUGCCCUUAAUAUGAUGGAGAUGGCCCUGACACUAGGAUACACAGAUUCAGCUAUAUCACAUCUCAUGGAUUUUGUUAAGGUGUUUCAGGCCUUAAACUUAGAUAUUAGGUGUGGAGGUUUGUGGCAUGAUGAAGACAAAUUUUAUUAUGAUGUGUUAUCUAAGAAGGGUCAGAGGUCAGCGAUACAGCUUCGGUCAUUGGUCGGCCUUGUACCAUUGGUAGCCUGUACUGUGAUUGAUCAGUUAAAUACAAUAAGGGACCAACUUUUCUAUAUACAACUGGAGCAGCUCUGCAAAGAACACUCCAAUCAUAUAUGGCGAUUGAAGGAUGGCAGGUUUGCUCUGUCUGCAGUCCCAAACAUGCGACUGGAACAUAUCCUACACUACCUCACGGAUGAGAAGGAAUUCCUAUCACAGUAUGGAGUUCGCUCCCUUUCUAAGUAUUACUGGGACAACCCAUACGAAUUCCAUCCUGGAGACAGUCCAGUUAAAUAUAAUCCAGGCGAGUCCACCUCAGAAAUGUUUGGAGGCAACAGUAACUGGAGAGGGCCAAUCUGGCUCUGUAUGAACUAUAUAUUGGUGGAGGCCCUAGAGAUGCACCAUACUUUGUGUGAUGGCAGUAUGACAGUUCGUGUUACCUCUGGGCAGACAUUAGACCUACAGGCUAUUGCCAUGGAGAUUUGUAAUAGGAUUGUUGCUUUGUUUAUGCCAAGAGAUGGAAAAAGACCACUGCAUGGAGAAGAUUUAAAGUACACUACUGAUCCUCUGUGGAAGGACCUGAUUCUCUUCUAUGAAUACUUUCAUGCUGACACAGGCAGAGGGUGUGGGGCAAGUCAUCAAACUGGAUGGACAUCAUUAAUCAUUGAAUUCUUCUACAAGGUCUUAAACAAGUGAAGAGCUGAAGUGGUCAAGGAAAGAUAUGUAAUA